CAGACACUGUCAGGCACGAAGGGAAUAAGUUACUGCGUCUCCAGCAAGACCGUUACCGGGCACAAACCUUGUUGUUCUUCUUGAUUAUCUGAACUCGGACGAACCGUUAUACACAGAGUGAACAUGACAUUAUUUUGUCAUCAACUUUUCAUCCUAUGGAUUGUUGUCACAGUGUUGUCUUUAUCUUUAGGGGCAGAGUCCAACACCCCGACUCCUGGCACACACGAAAGUCCUGGGCCCACAGAUACAUCCAUGACCCCAGGAGAUAGAUCCACCACCAUCUUAUCCACAAAGACCGCAGUCUCCACUGAACCCAGCUCCACCACCACAGACCGAGCCACCACCACCCAAGACCCCUCAACUGUCCUCCCUAGCACUGAUGGCACCUCACCCACAACAGCAGCCGUCUCUACAACUAAAGAGGUCUCUACUACGACAGACCUGACCUCAACUUCUGAUACGACAGAGUCUACGGGAGCAGUCGGCACCACUGCGACAGAAACAAGAACUAUCCCGUCGGUCAGCACAGCAGAGAUGACUUCCUCCCACAAGACCUCGGCGUACACUGUCACGUCCCCUGAGUCGACGGGAAAAGACAGUCAAUCUACAGACAGUGGCAUGACAACACCCACCACCACACCUGCCCUUAGCAGAGGGGUCUCUCUGUCUACCACGGAACAUGCCGGAACCUCCUCCUCUGUCACCACUGAGACAGGACGUACCUCAAACACAACUCCAGACAUUGUCCCAACCAGCAGUACCAAAGAGCCAGGCACACAUGAAACAACAGCCAUCAAUGCAGCUACCACAGAUACAGGUACCAAAGACAGUGAGACCACAGGUACAGGGAUCACAAAGUCCACCAUCCCACCAACUGGUCAGACCUCUCUCCCAGUAACAGAGGGUAGUACCCUGUCUUCAACACGCCCCUCCUCCACUACAAAGGGCUCUGAGACCUCUCUCCCAGUAACAGAGGGUAGUACCCUGUCUUCAACACGCCCCUCCUCCACUACAAAGGGCUCUGAGACCUCUCUCCCAGUAACAGAAGGUAGUACCCUGUCUUCAACACGCCCCUCCUCCACUACAAAGGGCCCUGAGACCUCUCUCCCAGUAACAGAGGGUAGUACCCUGUCUUCAACACGCCCCUCCUCCACUACAAAGGGCCCUGAGACCUCUCUCCCAGUAACAGAGGGUAGUACCCUGUCUUCAACACGCCCCUUCUCCACUACAAAGGGCCCUGAGACCUCUCUCCCAGUAACAGAGGGUAGUACCCUGUCUUCAACACGCCCCUCCUCCACUACAAAGGGCCCUGAGACCUCUCUCCCAGUAACAGAGGGUAGUACCCUGUCUUCAACACGCCCCUCCUCCACUACAAAGGGCCAUGAGACCUCUCUCCCAGUAACAGAGGGUAGUACCCUGUCUUCAACACACCCCUCCUCCACUACAAAGGGCCAUGAGACCUCUCUCCCAGUAACAGAGGGUAGUACCCUGUCUUCAACACGCCCCUCCGCCACUACAAAGGGCCCUGAGACCUCUCUCCCAGUAUCACAUAGUACCUCGCCCUCUACCUCGACCACCGCCAAUACAGAGGGCUCCCAGGUCCCCACUACAAAGGGCCCUGAGACCUCUCUCCCAGUGACCGAUGGCGCCACGUCCUCAACCCCCACAGCUACCAUUACAGGGAGCCCUCAUACAGACAAAACCACUGGAACAGAGGGGAUUACCGAUUCUACAACCACAGCUGACACUCCAGCCUUGCCCCCCACCUCCGGCUCUUCCUCCAGCCCACCCUCUCCAGGUUCAACCCAAACCCCAGGCAGCAGCACUGAGGCCCCCAUAGACACCUCCACCACCACCCCUUCCCCCUCACCCACCAUCACACCUACAGGAGAAACCCCUGGACAACCAACUAGCAAAACUAGUGAGAGCCCACUUCCUCCUUUCCACACCUCCACCUCCCCUACCGGUGGAAUCACCACCCAGCCAGAGUCAGCCAUCACUGCUACCACGUCCCUGCCUCCACCCAUCCCCAUAGUGUGUCCCUCCACUCCCUGUCCGUAUGAUAGCAUCUGUCUCAAUGGCACCUGCCAGUGUGUGUCUGGGACCUUCCUCUUAGAGGGCCGCUGUGUACAAGCCCAAGUGUUCUCUGGAGACCUGCAUCUCAACCAGACAUUUCAGGCUGAAAUGAGCAACCGGUCAUCAGUGAUAUUUCGGCGAACAGCAGCCAGGAUCUCAGAGGCACUGAGAAGAGCCUUGGAAAACGAGUCUGGGUACAGCCAGACUGAUGUCGUGCUGCUGAGGCAAGGCAGUGUGAUAGCGACCGUGAACAACGUGUUUAAACUAGGCUCCAGUGCCACCCAGACUUCGACCAAUGGCGCUAUAGAGAGAGCCAUACAAGCCUGUGGGACGACAUGUGGGACUAUACUGGAAAGAGCUACAUUUACGGCCACUGACCUAUGUGAUCAGGCCCCCCUACCGUGUGAUGUCCACUCUACUACGUGCAAAUACAAAGAAGAUGGAGUGACCAGAUGCUUCUGUAAGGCUGGCUACAUCAACAGCUUCUACUCAAACCAAAGCUGCACAGCCUGUCCCAGUGGUCAAAGGUCAGAGGGAGACACAUGUGUGCCAUGCCCGUUUGGCUACGCUGGAUUCAACUGCACUGACUCGGCUCUGUUGGCAGUGGUGGUCAUCGCCUGUGUACUGGGGGGAGUCCUUCUCAUCAUGCUGCUGGCCUUGUUUGCAUAUUGCUGCUGGUACCGGUCGCAGUCAGUGAAGAAGCCUUCAGCAGAGUUCAGCAGCCCGUACCCUGUGGAGAACAUCCAGGGCCCCUGGUCCACCACCCAGGGCAUCACCCCGAUCCCCCGGGCCAACACCAACUGGGCUUCAGCCCCCAUGGAGAUGACCGAAGGGGGCAGCACACACCACCUGGUCGACAUGAAGCCCCACACCAACGGAGCGACCGGGUCGUAUGACCUGACCUCAGACAGCAUGAACACGUUCAAGGGGAAGAACCAGUCUCGCUACUCCUACCUGGUGCAGGGCCACGAGAACCCUUACUUCAUACCUGCAGAUGACAGGAGACCCGUAUGAGAACCACAGUGACGUCUGGAGACAAGGGCCCGUAUUCACAAAGCGUCUCAGAGCAGAAAUGCUGAUCUAGGAUCAUUUUUGCCUUCUUUAAUCGCAAUGACCAAAAAGGGGAGACCGGAUCCUGGAUCAGCAAUCCUACUCUUAGAUGCUUUAUUAAUAUUUGCCGUUGAGAGGAGAGAAGAAUGGGAUAGAGAGAGGAGGGAAGGCUACAGGGAAGAUGGGGGUGUGUAUCGGACAAAAAUGGCUGAAGAUCAAAUUGAGAAGUCACUGACUUCUAGUAACUCUGGGUAUAGGUACAUCUUCUCACUGUAUUUAUGUUGAACUAUGUAGAACUCUGUGUAUACCUUUUCAUCAGGAUGUUCGGAUAGAUGCCAUGUACUGUGUAGGACAUCUGUAGUAAUUUGUGGUUUACAAUCCUUCAUGGACUGGAAUCAUUCAUGGUUUAACGGCACAACUACAAGGGACUUGACAGCAGGGUUUUAAAUAUGUUCUUCUUGAAUCCAUUAUCAAAAUCAGCUUUAUGAUUCACAACGAUCUGGGGUCAAACAUUCACUGACUUCCCAGGGAUUCACUUCAAUAAUUGACACCACCAAAGAGGGUUGUGUUCGCUAUAAAUUCACGGUUUUACUUUUGAAAUGUUCCGUUCAUCUGAUCAUAGUCUUUAUCCUGUUCUGCAAUACAAAGAGAGGAUUCUGAACAAAAAAUAAAUGUAAUAUGUUUUAUUUGUGUCUAUUAUGCUGAGUUUAGACUGGCAGCCCAAAUCCUAUAAUUUUUUCUCACUAAUUGGUAUUUUGAAAAAGAUCUGUGGUUGGUCAAAAGACCAAUUAGUGGGAAGAAAAAGGUCAGAAUUGGACUGCCUUAAACGCAGCCUUAUUAAAUGAAGACUGAGCUGAAUAUAGCUUGUCAUAGCCAGUAGGUGUCGCCAUUGUUCAGGGUCAAGCUUUUCAUGUUUUCUCAGCAGUAUGCUGGUAAGGUUAGUUACCUGUAUGUCUAUGUCUUAUUGAAGAGAUUACUGAUAGAUUUUAUUGAAGAUUGGUCAUUCUGCAUUGUAGUGUCUGCGCUCUCACAAUCAACGUAGUAUUUGAAAGUGAUUAAUCCCUUGCUAAUUGCACUAAAUGAUGUAUUGCGUUUCACUACAUGUGAUUUGUUUGGGUGGGGGGAAUCAUAGACACAUUCUCAGCAAGAGCUAAUUUAUUUUAGUAUUUUUACUUUAGGAUUGAAUGUCUUUUCAUGAGGAGAGCAGUGUGUAUGAAUGGCUGAAGGAGCUGGAUCCCUAGUUUAGGGGUUUAUACAGUAAAGGGAUAUUUUGUAUUAGUCUUGUCUGGAGCUGAUAGACCUACUCUACAGUCUAUUAGUUUGGCCUGGAGCUGAGUAGACCUACUCUACACUCUAUUAGUCUGGCCUGGAGCUUAGACCUACUCUACAGUCUAGUCUGGCCUGGAGCUGAGUAGACCGACUCUACAGUCUAUAAGUCUGGCCUGGAGCUUAGACCUACUCUACAGUCUAGUCUGGCCUGGAGCUGAGUAGACCGACUCUACAGUCUAUAAGUCUGGCCUGGAGCUGAGUAGACCUACUCUACAGUUGAUAAGUCUGGCUUGGAGCUGAGUAGACCGACUCUGCAGUCUAUUAGUCUGGUCUGGAGCUGAGUAGACCUACUCUACAGUCUAUAAGUCUGGCCUGGAGCUGAGUAGACCUACUCUACAGUCUAUAAGUCUGGCCUGGAGCUGAGUAGACCAACUGCAGUCUAUUAGUCUGGCCUGGAGUGGAGUAGACCUACUCUACAGUCUAUAAGUCUGGCCUGGAGCUGAGUAGACCUACUCUACAGUCUAUAAGUCUGCCCUGGAGCUGAGUAGACCUACUCUACAGUCUAUAAGUCUGGCCUGGAGCUGAGUAGACCAACUGCAGUCUAUUAGUCUGGCCUGGAGUGGAGUAGACCUACUCUACAGUCUAUUAGUCUGGCCUGGAGCUGAGUAGGCCUACAUGCUCUAUUAUUAGUACCUUCCCUGCUGAAGCUGUCUGCAUCUGCAAACGUGCCUGUUUCGAUUGGUCUUUUUGAAGAAUAGGAAAAUUAUGCAAAAAAAAAGCUCUCGACCAAGCUUGUUCUCGGAUGUGCCAAUUACCAUGUCUAUACAGUUCCGCAAAACUCUGAUGUAUCUGGAAGUCUUUCAUGUGUCUGUGUAUUUGUGAGUAUGUGUGUCAUGGAGACAGUGCACUAUUUUCUAAAUGUAUAUACAACUUUUGUAAAUGAAAUGUCUUACUGCAGAGAAUGUAAGUGCGAUGAAAAUAAAUACAU